GAACAUGUCACCUACUCGAAUAAAAUAAAGGGAAGUACGGCAAAGAGAGGAACAAUUGCCGGAGGUGAAAUUCUCUGCAGCUGUUGCCAGAGGGAAUAUUCUGUGUGGGCCUUUGAGAAACAUUGUGGAAGUGACCUUAAACAACCCUAUGAACAUAUAUACCUUCCUGAAAAACAAAGAUAUCUUCUGGAGUGCAUGGUGAUUGCUUUGUGUGAGAACAGUGAACCGAAACAUCAGGAAACACAUUCCUUUGUAUCCAAGAGAAAUGCAGGAGAUAAACAUGAUUAUGCUUGUCCUGUUUGCGGAGAUGGGGGAGAGUUGAUCUGCUGUGACAAGUGCCCCUCCACAUAUCAUUUAAACUGUUUGAAUUUGGAGAGGCUUCCUGAAGGAAAAUGGUUCUGUCCUUAUUGUGUAUGCAAGCAUUGUGGGCUUAGUGAUAAAAGCAAGCAACUGAUUAAGUGCUUCCAAUGUAACAAAAAAUUUGACUGGGGAUGCUUUAAGGAAUUUGAGAAAGAAGCUCUUAAAGAUGCCUUAGACAUUGACUGUUCGAGAUUAUACUGUCAGCAAAGUUGUAGAAAGACCCAUGAGAAAUUGGAGAGUUUAGUUGGAGUCAGGAAUGAAGUCGAUGAAAGCUACUCUUGGAGAGUUAUUCGUCAAAUGGAGAAAAGAACAUCAACUGUCUCUGAACACCAAUAUGUUGAAAAUAAUGCCAAGGUUGCAGUUACAUGGAAAUUAAUGGAUGAAGCUUUUGAGACAAUAGUUGACAGAUAUACAGGCCUCAAUGUGGUUCGAAGUGUACUAUGCAGUCUUCGGUCAAAGUUACCCAGGGUUGAUUAUAGCCGUUUCUAUACGUUUAUACUGGAAAAGGAUGAUGAAAUUGUCUCUGCUGCUUCUGUGAGAAUCCAUGGGCGGAGGCUUGCAGAUAUGCCCUUUAUGGCCACACAUAAAAAUUAUCAAAGAAAAGGAUACGGUAGAUAUCUUCUGGCAGUGGUGGAAUCGUUGCUCCGCCAUCUUGAAGUGCAAAACUUAAUUAUUCCCUCCAUUCAAGAGCGCGGUAGCAUGUGGCGGGAAAAGUUUGGAUUUGGUGAUCCAAGUUUAGAACUGAGAAGUGAACUAGCGUCAUGUAGUAUUUUAAUGUUUUUUCAGUGUUUAAUGCUGUGGAAAGACUUAACAUUGUCGCCCGCAAAAUCAGUUAGCAAUGACCAAAAAGAAGAGAGGCAAAUUGGCAUUCUGAAUGUCGAGGAACCUCGAAAUAAUCCAAUGGACCGUUCCCUUCUAGACCUUAACAUAUCCCCUCCUGAAGAAUGCACAAGGACUGUGGAAGAUGAUGCGUAGUUCGCGGCUAACGUUGCUGAUUGAGUAGUUCUUGGCAUUGAAACUGUUAGUGGCUGGUGUUGAUAUUCCUACCUAUCUAAUUGGAGAGGUUCAAAUAAAUGUUUCUUUUGGUAAAACACUUUCAAGAAUGUUUGGUAAAACAUUCUUUUCCUGAUUUACAUUUUAUUUUAGGAUUAAUUAUUAUACUGGAUGACAUCUUUGUGGGUCAGCUUAAGUGCUCAGCUAUCAUAUUCACCAAUCUUUUAAAAAAAAUCCCUCCAGUGUUGAACAAUAUCAAUAUGCACUAGUCAUUUCGUAGUAGUAACAGCUGUUCUAUGGUCUCACAAAGCUUUCGUAAGCCUUCAUAUGGUGUCUUUUUGUUCAUCAAAAGACACCAACAGCAACAACUAUGCUCCAGUAGAUAGCAAGAGCUUCCUGCAUUCGAAUGAGGAACAGUCAUGGUCAUGAAAUUAGUAUUCAUGAGUUUGGUACACAUGCCAGUCAACGCACUAAUUGCGAAUUUGAAUCCAGCAAUUGUAUCUUUCUUGAAGCAGAUUUCCUUGCCACAGUUCAUUUUCAAAUACUUGGUGGAUUUUCAAAAAUUGCCUAUGAUGUUAUUCAUUUAAUUUGUUUGUGAGUUAAUUCACUCUGCGGACUGAAAAAUCAAUAUGAAGUCUUGCGAGAGGUCAAUGAAUUUACCUAUUAGUCUUUUCGAUACACACGCUAAUCUCUAUGUUAAUAGGGAUAUAUUCCAAUGCCCAAGGCCAUUCUUAUGAUUAUGAUUAAUUUUCAUCAACGUGUUACUCAAAUAA